GUUAUCUUUUUUUCCUGUCAUUAUAAAUAGUAUUUUGUCAUUAUGAAAAGUAGUGACAACUUUGAUUAUUAUUCUUUAAUUUUCAUUCAAUGGAAAAUAUCCAAAAUCAUUUUGCAAUUUCAAUUUAUUACAACAAUUAAUUGAUAAUCAUCUUCGUAAUCUUAUUUUCAUUCACCAAUGUGUCAAAGUUAAUUAUCUAUUUAGAUAUUUUCAUGUAAUACUUUUUUCAUUUACAUUUAAAGAUCAUUUUAAGACAAUGAUAUGUAACAUGUGUGUGUGAUACAAUUUAAAAGUUUCAAGAACAAAUAACGUUUAUUUGCUUUUCUAUAACUUGACAAUCUUGCUAAUCGAAUAAUAAAUAAACUUGAGGAUCAAAUAGACUAAUAAAAAAAAAUUGACAAAUAUGGAGUGGUUAUUUGGAAAACGUAUAACUCCUGAAGAAAUGCUCAGGAAAAAUCAACGAGCAUUGAAUAAAGCAAUGCGUGACCUUGACAGAGAAAGAAUGAGGAUGGAACAACAAGAAAAAAAGAUUAUAGCUGAUAUAAAAAAACUUGCUAAAGAUGGACAGAUGGAUGCUGUUAAAAUUAUGGCUAAGGAUCUUGUUAGAACUAGGCGAUACGUCAAGAAAUUUAUGUUAAUGAAAGCGAAUAUACAGGCAGUUUCUUUGAAAAUUCAAACAUUACGUUCUCAAAAUACUAUGGCUCAAGCUAUGAAAGGUGUUACAAAAGCGAUGCAAAAUAUGAAUAAACAAUUAAAUUUACCACAAAUACAAAAAAUUUUGCAAGAAUUUGAGAAACAAUCAGAAAUAAUGGAUAUGAAGGAAGAAAUUAUGAAUGAUGCGAUAGACGAUGCUAUGGAAGAUGAAGGAGACGAGGAAGAAAGCGAUGCCGUCGUAUCUCAAGUAUUAGAUGAGUUAGGCUUACAAUUAACAGAUCAAUUAUCCGGACUUCCUCAAACUUCCGGUUCCUUAAGUAUAGCAGGAUCAAAACAACCGGUUGCAGCUACCGCAGGAAACGACGAUGGAAGUCUCGCAGAUGCCGAUGCAGAUCUUCAAGCAAGACUUGAAAAUCUUCGUCGCGAAUAAAAAGGAAAAGACAACUAAUAUAUAUAUAUAUAUAUAUAGGAUUAAUUUUAAUUAGAUAUUACAAUCGAAUAUAUUUGAUGCUUCUUCGAGUUGUGCUUGAAAUAAAUGUCAAAUUUGUAUUCGCUUGAAAAAAUUACACAUUUUGUAAAGCUCCUUUCAGUAAUCAGAUACGGUUUUGCAUAAAAAAAAAAACAAUAUUAUUUUUACACGAUUGUUUUGUAAAAACGUUGUGACUUCAACAUUAACUAAAAGUAGUGUUUAAUAUACAAUGUAAUAAAAGAUACGUUAUUUUAAAGAUAGAUUGUUAAUUAUUGUUAAAGUAAUCGAAUGAAUUGAAUUUCUUAUAACAAUCAGUAAUAUCUAUUAAAGGAAACAAAUGAA